UGUAUAAACAUGGUAUUGUGCGAUACCAGUAUUUUAUAGAAACAUUAUAAGGUAUUAUAAAUUUGUGUCCUUAUUCUGUAAGGCUGAAUGUUACCAACCACAACAAACUUUCUGGCUCGUCUGGAAGGUUGACGUUACAAAGUAAUGGAGUAGUAGUGUUGGAAUCCAUGGAACAUAAUAGACUUCAUUGAAAUGGAUCUGAAAUUGCUACUGCAAGAUCACUUGAAGAAACAAGAUGCCAAGGGAGGAGCGUUGGAUGUUGGUGAAGAUAAGGACACAGAUGCUUUAUUUGAGAAAUAUUAUUCUGAAUGGAAAGGGACUAGCAAGGAGCAAAAAGAAUAUAAGUUCUUGACCAUUCCAAGGUUUUAUCACAAACUCCCUCCAGAUGAUGACCAGCUUCUGCUGAAAUUACGAGAAGAAUCACGGGCUAUAUUUCUUCAAAGGAGAAGUAGGGAGUUACUUGACAAUGAAGAACUGAAAAACUUAUGGAUCCUUUUGGAUAAGAACCAAUCUGCUCCAAAUCAUGGUGGAGAAGAGCAACUGAUUAAUUAUGAGGACUUCUUAAAAGUUGGAGAACAAGCAGGGCCCAAAUGUAAACAGUACUUCCAACCCUCUACAUUUUGUAAAUUAUUGCAGAAUGACCCUUAUGGACGUAUUUCCAUUAUAAAUUUUUUUAAUUAUGUUAUGCGAAAGGUUUGGUUACAUCAGACUCGGAUUGGUUUGUCAUUGUAUGAUGUCACAGGCCAGGGAUUCCUAAGAGAAUCAGAUUUAGAAAAUUACAUUCUUGAACUUAUUCCAACUUUACCUCAGUUGGAUGGCCUAGAGAAAUCAUUCCACAACUUUUAUGUUUGUACAGCAGUUCGUAAGUUUUUCUUCUUUUUAGAUCCAAUGCGCACUGGGCAGAUAAGGAUUCAAGAUAUUCUUGCUUGUAGCUUUCUUGAUGAUCUCCUUGAACUUCGUGAUGAUGAACUACCCAAAGACCAACAGCAGAAUAAUUGGUUUUCAGCUCCGUCUGCAUUAAGGGUGUAUGGUGUCUAUCUUAACCUUGAUAAAGAUCAUAAUGGUAUGUUGUCAAAACAAGAACUGUCCCGCUAUGGCAUGGGGACCCUGACCCCAGUAUUCAUUGACCGUGUUUUUCAAGAGUGCCUUACUUAUGAGGGUGAAAUGGAUUAUAAGACCUAUCUUGAUUUUGUGUUGGCUCUUGAAAAUCAAAAGGACCCACAGGCAUUACACUAUUUCUUUAAGAUUCUGGAUAUUGAUGGAAGAGGGUACCUUAAUGUCUUCACCCUCAAUUAUUUUUUUAGAUCAAUUCAGGAUCAAAUGAGGCAGCAUAAUCAAGAGCCUGUAAGCUUUGAAGAUGUCAAGGAUGAGAUUUUUGAUAUGGUUAAACCAGUGGAUCCAUACAGGAUUACUUUGCAGGAUCUAAUAAACUGCGGUCAGGGUGAUGUUGUGACGAGCAUACUUAUAGAUCUCAAUGGUUUUUGGACUUAUGAAAAUAGAGAAGUUUUGGUAACAGACUCUAAUGAAGAACCUUCACAAGUUUGAAGAAAAUUAUUUAUGUUUAUAGAUGGACUUGUAGUUUUUUACUCUUUUACCUUAGAAACUCCUAACUGUACAUAUUGAUGAAAAAACCCUGGAUUAUUUGCACUGUAAAGAAAAACAUUUAUAACACAUGUCUGAAUAGACAUCGACAAGGAUUUCAGUAUAGCGCUUCACUGUUAGCCAUUGCAACAAAUUGUUAUGCAGUUGAAGUGUUCUUAGUUUAUAUAAUAACUCAUAUAUAAAGCUUGAUCAGAAAUGUAUUUGCAAUCUAUUUUUUCAAUCCUUUAUGAACCCUGUUGUGUCUGUAGGAGGGAGGGAGGGAACUGAUUUUCUAUGUUCAUGGUUGAAAGGUUAAAUUUGCAAGCUAAAUGCAUAAGGUAAAUUGAAUGGUCAUUCAUUUUUCUCAGGUUAUGUUUUCUUGCCUGUUCAUCACUCUGCUUUUCUUAUGUAAAUUGGGGUGGUAAAAUGUUGAAGUGCUUUGUAAUGUUUAGUCUUUAUCCACUUUAUGAUACAGUAUAUUAUUUAAUUUCAAUAGAAUAGAUGUGUAGAUUAGUGAUUUUCUUAUUUUAAAACAUAACAAGGGCCAUUCACGUCUAUUGUAACAAAUAUUUUGUUUUUUUCUAUAUAUAUAGUAGUGUUGGAUUUUUUUUAUGUUAGUAGUACUUACUGUACUUAAUGAUUGGCCAAGAUUAUGAAAAAUUUUAUUUUCAGGGAAUUGUGCCCAGUGACCAGUAUUGGAUACAAAUCACUGAAAAAAUCCUCUAUAUUUAUAAAGCUGUACUCAUUAAAUAUAGCCCCAGUAA